AUGGUGAAUCAAGAUGCUUCAACAGACGCCAAGGGGCAAACAUAUGCGGUCCCUGACCCAACCAGCUAUGCAUCAUUCCAACGCCAAAUCUAUCAAUCUCUUCGGGCGCCCCUCUUUUCGACAAAGCCUUCCGAGUGGGAAUCAUUGGCAAAGGGCAAAGUACCACCGACGAGCUUUGGAUACGUAGCCGGCAAUGCCAGCAGUGGUACUACAGACCGUGCCAACAAAGCCGCCUUUGAUCGCUAUCGUCUUCGGCCCCAAAUGCUGGUCGACACCACCGUACGGGAUGUGAGCACAACCUUGUUUGGGACCACGUACAAGAGCCCACUCAUUGUCGCGCCCAUCGGAGUCCAGAAAAUCAUGCAUCCCGAUGCCGAGGAGGCAACGGCGAGAGCCUGCCACAAUGUGGGCAUUCCCAUGAUCCUAUCAUCCGCCGCCACCAGGACAAUCGAGGAAGUCGCCGCGGCAAAUGCGGAUGGAGAUCGCUGGUUCCAGCUCUACUGGCCAAAGCCGCAGUGCGAAGAAAUAACUGCCAGCCUCUUGGGCCGGGCCAAGGCUGCCGGCUAUCGGGUGCUGGUUGUCACCUUGGACACAUUCACCAUAGGCUGGAGGCCGAUGGAUCUGGACACAUCCUACCUUCCCUUUGUCUAUGGCGAAGGCUGCCAGAUCGGCCUCUCUGACCCAGCCUUCACCAAAUACUAUGAGAAAUUGCAAAAUGAUGAUCCUCGCAGCAUUGCACAGAAGUUGGCUGAGUUGUGGUCGAUCAUGUGGAGGCCGGGUUCAGUGUACGGGGCUGCAAGAAUUCUUACCAAUGCCAACCUCAUGAAGAAAUCGAUUACCUGGCUAGACGUCAUGUACUCGGGCACAUACCGGAAGUGGGAGCAUCUCAAGGUGCUCAAGGAUUUGUGGGAUGGCCCGAUUGUUCUCAAGGGAAUACAAUCCGUCGAGGAUGCCCACAGAGCUAUUGAUUAUGGGAUGGAUGGGAUCAUAGUUUCAAACCACGGUGGCCGACAACUCGACGGCGCCAUCGCAUCUCUAGAUGCGCUAGCAGAGAUCGGUGCAGAUGAGAGGGUCCAAAACUCACAACUCACACUCAUCUACGACAGUGGUGUUCGUACCGGAUCCGAUGUGUUGAAAGCUCUGGCACUUGGCGCCAAGGCUGUGUGCAUCGGCCGGCCAUAUGUAUACGGCCUUGCUGUCCACGGGCAGCAGGGCGUUGAACACGUGUUGAAAUGCUUGCUUGCAGACAUGGACAACUCGCUCAGUAACUGUGGAAAGGCGAGCAUUCACGACCUGGGCCGGAAUGAUCUUCAGAUCAGUGUACAAUCUAAGCUUUAG